AUGGCCUCACCCAGCACCGAAAUGCGGAAUCGCCGCUGGACGAGAGACUCGUAUUUCAUCUCGACGGAUGCAUCUCUCGUCUCCGUCGCCCAACUCAACGCUGCAUUUGCGACGGAAGUCGUCUACUGGACCAAAGCCAUACCGGAGUCCUUCGUGAGAGAAAUGCUGGAAAAUUCACUCUGCUUCGGCCUCUACGACACCACCACUUCUCAAAAAGAACCCAGCAGCGGCGCCGCCGCCGAGCCCAAGGAAUACCACCGAUUAGUUGGUUUCGCCCGUCUUGUCACCGACUUUGUAUCCUUUGCCUACACCACGGACGUGUGGGUUGACCCCACGCUACAAGGCAACGGCCUGGGAAGAUGGCUAGUGGGAUGCGUGCAGGAGGUGAUCGAGCCGAUGCCGUACUUGAGGAAAAACAUCUUGGCCACCGAUAGCUGGGAUAAAUCUGUGCCGUUCUACGAGAAGGCAAUGAAGAUGAGCGUGAUUGGUGGGCAGCCGGGAGGCCAGGCGAUCAUGCAGAUGAAGGGGAAGGGGGCCCCAGGGUAUACGGAGAAGACCGAUUGA